AUGAAUCGACCAGGUAUGAGGCUCUUGAACUCUCUUUCUUCCCCACAAUAUGCCCAUGCCCCGCUGCACGGCUGCCACAGAGAAGGGGGACAGGUUAUAUUGGAUGAUACAGACCUUGAAUGGGAAUUGGAGUCCAAAGGUCCAAAGAAUACAGGGCAUACCGGAUUCUUAGCAUUGGAUUCUAUAGACCAGAUGAGAUCAGAUGAGAGUGCUUCAGCGAAGGGGCGGUCGCUUGAUUUUGAUGGUGUAACUUGGGGGAUAGAACUGGGAUCUAGUACCGGUAUUAUAUGGAGUUAUGAAGCUGGAAAGAGUGUAGGACCACAGACAAUGCGUGGCAUACCCAAUGGAUUCCCAAAUCAACAACAAAUGCAGAACAGGAGUGUGUCGAGUAGGAUACCACCCGGCGGAAAAAUGGCAAACAACAAUGGAGUGACGUGGGCCUUUGGAGGUGUACCGAUGGGAGGAGCGGGUCUAGGGAAUCCACGUCCAAAUAAUGGACCUAUGACAAGCUUUGCACAAACGAUCGGAGGAUCUUCACAGCCAGCAACACCACUUGAUUUGUCUGAGUUCCCCUCAUUAUCAGGAAACCAGCCCCAGCAUAACCAGUCAACGUGGGGAGCGGCGGGAGCGCGGAAUAUUGGUCCAUCGGCAAAUAUAAGGUUACAGCAAUCAGCUGGAUUGUCCGCGCAGCAUGCUGCUCAGCAGCAGCAGCAGGAUGAGCUCUUCAAUUCAUCAACCCAGUUGUCAAACAAUUCAGGUGGCUUCAGGUUUGGGGCUCAAAGUGCAGUUGGCCAGUCAUCGCAGCCGAGCAGCGCCGAUGACUUUCCACCUUUGAGAAAUUCAAACGGAGAAAUCGGCCAAGAUCGCGGUUCCGGUCUAUUGCAGAAUGUGGGAUUUGGAGCUGGUGGUGGAUUAGGAUUUGGUUCCGGCAACCCGCCACAGCAAGUCAGAAGUAAUGGUCUUUUGAAUGCAUUAUCUGGUGGUAGUCGAGCUGCACCAGGUAAUAGAGUUGCUUCACCAGCAGGCUUGUCAGGCCCCUCCAUAAACAGAUCUCCAACAGAGCCCAGUCGCCAAGGUCUACCAAGUCUUGUAGAGAACGAAGCUGGGGGCUUUUCAAACACCCAUUUUGGGUCUUCGAAUCCCAUACCUCUCCGAGAAGACGACAGUCAACAACAAUUCAAUAUGCCCACAGCAACCAACUCCCGGCCCGAUGGCCCAUUAUCAAUGCCGCAACCGCAAGAAUCCGAUCCUGGUUCCGCGCAAAGAAGUGCUGAGAACGCCGACUCUAAAGUACAAGAUCCAUUAGCUCACCUGAGUGAGACCGACAGAUAUGGACUCAAAGGAUUUUCUUAUAUGAUGAACAACUUUCCUGACUAUGCUGCUCUUGUUACUGGAACUGAUAUCAACCACUUGGGUCUCGAUUUACUUUCUGAGCAACCCAUUUCAAGCCAGAUCUACUCUCUCUGGGAUAAUGAGCCAACACGACCAGAUGUCGCCCGUUUCAGUCUACCCGAAUGUUAUCGCGUUCUUAACGUUGCUCCUCUCGAAAGCAAGAUGCCCAAUUUUAACGAAGAAGCUUUAUUGUUCAUGUUCUAUAGCAAUCCAGGCGACAAACAGCAGCUUAUGGCAGCUAGGGAGCUUGGCAAUAGAAACUGGCGCUAUCAUAAAAAGAUGCAGGUUUGGCUUACCAAAGAUGAUUUGAUGGUUCCACGUCAACUUACCCAACAAAUGGAGCAAGGCUACUAUAUAUUCUUCGAUGUCAAGACUUGGUCAAGACAACGUAGGGAAUUCACACUGUCUUACGAUGACUUAGAGAGGGUCGAGGAUCGGUUUUAA